UUUCCCUCCCCGCGCGCGCGCGCGCGCUCCCGGUAGGCCCCCGCAGGCGCGGCGCGGCCCGGCCAUGCUGGCCAAGAGGAAGCCGGUGCUGCCGGCCCUCAACAUCGCCCCCAGCGCCGCCGAGGGGCCGAGCCCCGACGGCUCCGCAGAGGCAAACCUGGUGGACCUUCAGAAGAAGCUCGAGGAAUUAGAGCUGGACGAGCAGCAGAAGAAGCGCCUGGAAGCUUUUCUCACGCAGAAAGCCAAAGUGGGCGAGCUGAAGGACGAUGACUUUGAGAGGAUCUCCGAACUGGGGGCUGGCAAUGGCGGCGUGGUCACCAAAGUGCAGCACAAACCCUCAGGGCUCAUUAUGGCACGGAAGCUGAUUCAUUUAGAAAUCAAACCAGCCAUCAGGAACCAGAUCAUCCGAGAGCUGCAGGUGCUGCAUGAGUGCAAUUCCCCGUACAUCGUGGGUUUCUAUGGAGCCUUCUACAGCGACGGAGAGAUCUCCAUCUGCAUGGAGCACAUGGAUGGUGGCUCUUUGGAUCAAGUGUUGAAAGAAGCCAAAAGAAUUCCCGAGGAGAUCUUGGGGAAAGUCAGUAUAGCGGUUCUAAGAGGCUUGGCAUAUCUGAGAGAGAAGCACCAAAUCAUGCACAGAGAUGUGAAGCCUUCCAACAUCCUGGUUAACUCUCGAGGAGAGAUUAAGCUGUGUGAUUUCGGGGUCAGCGGUCAGCUCAUUGACUCCAUGGCAAACUCUUUUGUGGGAACACGGUCCUACAUGUCUCCCGAGCGGUUGCAGGGCACCCACUACUCGGUCCAGUCCGACAUCUGGAGCAUGGGGCUGUCGUUAGUGGAGCUGUCUAUCGGAAGGUACCCAAUCCCCCCGCCAGACUCCAAGGAACUGGAAGCAAUAUUUGGCCGUCCCGUGGUGGACGGGGCAGAGGGAGACUCUCACAGCAUCUCGCCGCGGGCCAGGCCCCCAGGACGCCCCGUCAGUGGCCAUGGGAUGGACAGUCGGCCCGCCAUGGCCAUCUUUGAACUGCUGGAUUAUAUAGUUAAUGAGCCACCUCCCAAGCUGCCCAGUGGAGUUUUCACACAAGACUUCCAGGAGUUUGUAAAUAAAUGCUUAAUUAAAAACCCAGCAGAACGGGCAGAUCUGAAGAUGCUGAUGAGUCACACCUUCAUCAAGCGCUCCGAGGUGGAGGAGGUGGAUUUCGCGGGCUGGCUGUGCCGAACGCUGCGGUUGAACCAGCCCAGCACUCCCACCCGUGCCUCCGUGUGAGGGCCCCGGGGUCAGCACAUCUGCCUCCGCCACCAUUUCCUCUCCUUCAGCAGGCGACACAAGCGCCCUCCCUCCUUCCUCCUCCUCCUCCUCUCGGGCCCCUCCUCGCCUCGCGUCCCAGCGGCAAAGCACCAUCGUCCCCUCGGAAGCAUCUCUCGGCCGCCCCGCAGCCGGAGCGGGGUUGGUUUCUAUGGAUGGUGUUGGGAGGGGGGGUGGUUUCCAGGCCUCUGCUCCAGCUCCGGAGCUCCUGACACUUGGGCAAUGUGGUGCUGCUUCUGUUCAUUUUUCUUUGUUUUGGUUUUGAAACAUGGUCACUUGGGUUAAAGAAAGAAAAGAAUCGUGUGUGGGAGAUGUGGCCGGACCUCCACCUCCUCCUGGUGGGCUCCGACGGGGGGAGAUCAGUGAAGGGAUGGAGAAACUCUGCCUUGCGUGGCUGGGAAUGGUGUCGCUUUCCCAUCGCUUUCCCAGUGCUGGGACAGGGGUUAGUGGCUGAGCGGGAGCGGAGCAGGGAGCUCCCUCCUGGCUCUGCUGAGGGUGGAGGAGAGGAGAGAGUUGUGUUUUAUUGGGUUUCUUGUUAAAGAGUUGUGUUAAAGCCUGUUCUUGUCACACACUGGAUGUUUAUGAAGGGUCUUGAUGCGUUGAGUGCGGGCAGAGCUCUUGGAGUGGGAGGGAAUUUGGGGGGAGCUGCGGGUUGGGGGUGAAUGGGGCCAUGGCAAGCCCUGUCUUGGACCUUUGGGUGCCUUCCCUGGCUCCUUCCAGUGCAGGGCUGGGAGGCAGAGCUGCUGUGGCCAGGGCAGGAGUGGGGUCCCCCCCGACCCACCAUCUCCUAAGGAUGGGAAUGAGUGAACCCCAUCCAGGCUCCUGGUUUUCCCUCUCCAGCUGCCUCUUACCAAGUGCCCUUGGCUAUGGGGGAUGUAGCAGAGCCCGGGGGUCCCCAUCGGACCCCCCUUGAGCCCCCCACUCCCCUGGGAUGGGGCUGUGGGGUGCCAAGGCUGGGCCUGGCAGGGCAGGGAUGAACCCCCCCAGUUGUCCCCAGGCCCCCUUGGCCUCACCGGGGGUCGUGGUCCCUCCUGGCCCUGUCCCCCCCUGCCCGGGAAGGACCUUGCGCACCCCAUGGCUCCGGCUGGGCCCUGCUCUCACCUCGUUUUCCACCACGUGUGUGCAUUGUUGGGGGACCCAUCUCCCCCAGGCCCCUGCAGGAGGUGAUUUGGGGAAGCUUGGUGCGAUUUUUACCUAUUUUCCUUCUUUUCAGGCUGGUUUUUUUUUCCCUGGUGGGUCCUGCUCUCAGCAAGGGGGGGCUGUCAGUAACCCUAAGGGGCUGCCAGGGCCCCCGUAACCCCAAACCCCUCAUCUCCUUCUGCAGCAAAGGCACUGUCCUGCUGGGGACAACCACAUCCCCCCACGGUAAUCCCAGGGGGAGACCCCACAUUUGGGGGGGUCUGUGCUCACUGGCUCUUCUUGGGCUGCUUGUGGUGGGUGGGUUUUGCCCCUAAUAGAAAUGGGAGGUGGGGAAGGGGCAGGUCUAAAGCUUUGGGGUAUUUUGGGGUGGUUUCAGUGCUGGGUUUUGGAGGAGGGGGAGGCAGUUGUGGUGGUGCAAUUACUUUUUUAGACUCAAUAUUUUCGUCAUGGGGUGAAAAAAACCCACCCAAAUAAAUGGCACUUUACAGCUAA